CAGAAGGAAAUAAACCCACCACCACCAAUCUCAAUUAUCACCUUCCUUGAGAUAUAGCCGCAAAAUCAAGAAAGACAAAACCAUAUAUCCCAAGAAAAAUACGAUCCACAAUUCGCCCUGGCCACAAAGCUAAUGCAGCCAGACUUCGAGCGCCUGGUUGACAAUCUCCCCCAGCCAGUUGACUUCAUGGUGUCGGAUUCCUUCCUAUGGUGGACUUUGGAGUCUGCGAACAUGUAUGGAUUCCCGAGGUUUCAUGGAUUAAGUUGACCAAGAACGACUUCGAAAGGGAUGCUGUGGAUUCGGAGAUUGUAAUCAAGUCGAUAACGGCAUCGAAAGGCAGUUAUGGGUACGUUAUCAAUACCUUCUAUGAGCUUGAUCCGGUCUUUGUGGAUUCAUUUAACAACGUCAUCACCAAUGGACCUAAGGCUUGGCGUGUUGGACCACUCUGCCUAGCCAAGCCACCAACACCGGUUAAACCCGACAUUCAUCAGAAACCCAAUUGGAUUCAGUGGCUGGUGAGAAGUAUGAGCAGAAAAGUUAAGUUCUUCUCGUUGCAUUUGGUUCACAAGCUUGGGUUUCAACUGAGUAGCUGAAGGAAAUAUCGUUGAAAUUUUUACGAGUAACUCACCUUAAAGAAGGUGAAGUCGUUUUAAGUGUUUUUAGUCACUAGCGUCAGUCCGUUGCCAUUAGAGAUUUUCAGAUAGAGCAGCAGUUAUGCUCUUGAGAUCUUUGAGACAGAGUAGCAGUUAUGCUCUUGAGACUUUUAAGAUAGGCAGCAGUUAUGCCCUUGAGAAUCUUGGUGAAGAGCCACCACGAUAAGUUGAAGAUGUUAGGGGGAUGAAUCGUUACGACUUCCUUAACUAAGUUUAAGUUUAUGGAAAGCCUGAAUGGCUUCUCAUACGUAUGAGUUGGCAACCGGACUAGUAAGUGAGGGAUCCCCGUGUCAGUCAAGUUUUAAGUCAAGAUUUGAGCUUUAAGAGAGGAGAGUAACUUCAACUCCUUCAAAGUUUAAGAGUUAAGAUUUUAAGAUUUGAAGUACAAACAACUGUCACUGGUUAAAGUUAAGUGUUUAAGUAAAGUACUAAAGUAUUA